AUGAGAGUUGGAUUAGGCGACAUCCUCUCUCGACAGUUUGAAGAGGAGCUUCAGCGUGCUAAUCGUCUGGCCGCUGAGCACACGGAUGCGUCUCGCGAAUUAGCCUCCUCACGUGACUUUGCUCACGCUUUGCAGACUCGCUUGACUACUGCCGAACACGAGCUGGCCAACAAGACCUCUAAAUACAGUGAGCAAGAAAUUCAGUUGAGUCAGGUUCGCCGUGAACUUAUGGACUGUCGUCGCCAAGUGAGUAUACUUCUUUUUUAUUUGUUAUCCGUAUGGACCUUCACUGCUUUAUCUUCGCUAUUUUUGUCUAUAAACGUUUUUAACUGUAUCUAUUUUAAAUAUCGUUGUCUUGAACAUAUUUUCAUUGGCUUCGCUUACACUUGUUCAAAUGUCAGCACAAUAGGCAAUGCACAUUUAUUUUAG